AGCUGUGCAGAUGUGACAGCGGCUGUCAAAUUGCGCAUCAACUUCCGUUUCUUUUCACUUUUGACCAGCAAGAUGAAAAUUGGCUUGUGUGCAUUCAGUGGGUACAAAAUCUACCCCGGCCAUGGCAAGACCAUGGUCAAAGUCGAUGGCAAGACCUUCACCUUUCUGGACAAGAAGUGCGAGCGCUCCUACCUGAUGAAGCGUAAUCCCCGUAAAGUCACCUGGACUGUGCUGUACCGCCGUAAACACCGUAAGGGUAUUGAGGAGGAGGCGUCCAAGAAGCGUACUCGCCGCACACAGAAAUUCCAGCGCGCCAUCGUCGGUGCCUCGCUUGCCGAGAUUAUGGCUAAGCGCAACAUGAAACCCGAGGUGCGAAAGKCCCAACGGGAUCAGGCCAUCAAGGUAGCCAAGGAGCAGAAGCGCGCCGCUAAGGCAGCCAAGAAGGCCGCCGCGCCAGCACCCGCCAAGAAAUCAGCGCCCAAGCAGAAGGCCACCAAGGUGACGCAAAAGUCGGCCCCUCGCGUCGGUGGCAAGCGGUAAACAA